AUGUCCGACAUUCCCAUUGUCGGCGGGUCUUCGUUCCCCAUCCUCUCCUACGUCGGCGCCAUACGGUCCAUCACAGCCGCGGCUAGCAUCAUACAUGAGGGCUAUACUAAAUACAAAGGACAAUGCUUCAGAUACGCAGAACCCGGCCACUGGCGUGUCCUCGUUACCUCCCGUGCAGCCGUGGAGGAGAUCGCACGCGCCUCAGCAGACGUGCUUUCCUUUUCCGCCGCCGCGGCCGACUCGGUACAAAUCCCGUACACCCUGGGCCCAAACAUUGCUCUCAACGCAAGAUUGCGGGACGAGAUCACAUGUGCGUUCGCUGAUGAGAUACGAAGUGCCGAUGCUGGUGACGAUUGGAUUAGUGUACGUCCCAAGGAUAUGUCAUUGCAGAUCGUGUGUCGGGUCGCCAACCGCAUCUUUGUUGGUCUGCCAGUGUGCAGAGACCCCGACUAUCUGGCGGUCAACAAAGGUUUCACGAUGGAUGUUGUCCUUGGGAGCUCCCUCAUCAAGCUGUUCCCUCGGUUCAUGAAACCAUUUGUUGCGAAGUUCUGCACGAACAUCCCAGGCAGCAUCAAUCGUGUCGUGCGCCACUUGGAACCGAUCAUUACGGAACGCCUCCUACGUGCCGCGGACGUGAACCGAGACCAUCGGGAUGAAGAGAAAGACCAUCCGAAUGACCUACUGCAAUGGCUUAUCGAAAGCGCACCGGAUGGCCCUGAGCGCACUGUCCCCGCGCUCGCCUUGCGCGUUCUGGUAGUCAACUUCGCCGCACUCCAUACGACGUCCACGAUGCUCACACAUACAUUGUACUACCUCGCGGCCCACCCAGAACACGCGGAAAUUCUCCGGGACGAAGUCGAGCGGGUCGUCCAAGAUGAAGGCUGGAGCAAGGCCGCACUGGGGAACAUGCGCCUCGUCGACAGCUUCCUGAAGGAAGUGGGGCGCGUCACCGGCUUGGGUGCGAUAUCCAUCAAUCGCAAAGCAGUUCAGGAUUAUACUUUCUCGGACGGGACGUUUAUACCCAAAGGCACCUUCGUAGCUGCUGCCUCUCUGCCCAUCCACUUGGACGACGACAUCUACGCCAACCCGGACGUGUUCAACCCUUGGCGUUUCGCCACCGGGAAAGAACACUUGAUCAAGACAAGCGACCAUUACCUGCUGUUUGGGCAUGGACGACAUGCAUGCCCUGGUCGCUUUUUCGCCGCGGCAAUGCUCAAGACGAUUCUCGCCCAUGUUGUCACUACCUACGACGUCAGAUUCCCAGAUGGGAUGGACGCACAUGCCGUCCCGCCUCCGACGUGGGUCUCAUCGUCGAUGGUGCCUAAUCGCAAGGCAGAGGUGCUACUUCGCGAGAGACGGUCCAAGCAUUGA